AGAAAUUUCACAACAUAAAUGACGUGCACUUUGUGUUUCAGUCUGUGAAAAACAGUAUGAAUGACGAUUCAAUUUAGGACCUAAUUUCGUCAAAUUUCGUCGGAAUUUCCGCACCAAUCGAUUCGUAGAUUCGAUAUCGAUCUGCGAUGCAAAAGGUUCACAACUAGAACAAUCUCUUAAAAUGGUGUAUGUAGCGAGAGAUGGAACCGUCCAUCAAUCGCCACCCUGGAGUCUCCAGCGGUUGUUGGGACUGAUUACCGGGUUCUUCAACUUCAUCGUCAUGUUCUUCCGGACGAUGUUGGAUUUGAAUCCAAACAGUUCAACCGACACGGCAUACAAUGGCUCGGGCCGUGGUGGAGGUGGAGGUGGGGGUGGUGGUCCUCCUCCUCCUGGUGGACCCCGGCAAAGGCCGAUCGGGAGAAUGAUGACCCUGCGGGAUUGCACGAUUCCCGGAGGCGGAUGAGCUCGGUAAAGCGCUGACUCUGGAGCAAUCCGGACAGGCGCCGCUUCCCUUCUACCAUUAGGUGAACUUUGGUGAAUCUAAAAGGUAAUUCCUUUUCAUAUGACGAGUAUUCCCUAAACCUACGCUAACACAGGCGGGUUUAUUCCGAAGAAGAUUCCCAAUGUUGACCGUCUUAAUACUAUGAGGGGGAUUUUAUAUUUUGCAUUCUGCUUUUCUGAGGGUGAGCAUUGUGCAAAAUUUAUCCUUUCUUAUUUUGAUAGCUAAAAUUCUCAUUUUUUAAUCGGUGUACUAGUUUUUCAACAUAUUUCUGUAAACGAAUAAAAUACUAUCCUUUA